AUGGUACACAUCAGCGCUGGAACUACAGCUGGCGUCACUAGACUUCUGCCGUGUCGAAACGUACCGACGCUACUGCGCAUUCUCGUCGGGGAGGGAACCCCGGACAGCCUUUUGAAUGUACUGGCGGAAGAGCAACAACAACAUCCGGCGUCCAGCCACCAGGGUCGCGGCUCGAGUCGUUUGCCUUUCGUGCGGGCGAAUCGAGUGAAAAUGGUGAUUCCCGAUGGGAUGCUUGCCCAAAACCUCCAUAAAAUGCACAAGUGGACAGGAGUCGAGGAGCUGCAUGUCGUCGACUUUUCCCCCGGACCCGAAGUGGGCACGAUGGUGGUGCCUCCAAACUUGAAGAGGCUCAAACUGCAUAGUUUUGGGCUACUUCUUGAGUGCCUGUGGCCGGCUUCGCUUCACCGACACGAGCUUGUUGGCUUUGACCACUCUAUCGCCCAGGUAGUGUGGUCAGCGUCUCUGCAACAUCUUUCGCAAGGAAACCACUUCAACCAACCCGUUGUCGGAGUGUGGCCAGAGUCUAUCCAACAGCUAUCGUUCGGAAAUUGCUUUAAUCAGUCCAUUGUUGGAGCUACGUGGCCAUCGUCUCUGCACCAGCUUUCGUUCGGAAAAGUCUUCAAUCAGCUCAUUGUCGGAGUGGUGUGGCCGGCGUCCCUGGAACAGCUUACGUUCGGAGAUUGCUUCAAUCAGUCCAUUGUUGGAGUUACGUGGCCAUCGUCUCUGCAACAGCUUUCGUUCGGAAAUGCCUUCAAUCAGCCAAUUGUCGGGGUGGUGUGGCCGGCCUCCCUGGUGAAGUUCAACCUCGGAGGCUGGUUCAACCAGCCCAUUGUCGGAGUGGUGUGGCCAGCGUCCCUGGAACAGCUUACGUUCGGACAUUUCUUCAAUCAGCCAAUUGUCGGAGUGGUAUGGCCUGCCUCCCUGCUGAAGUUGGACCUCGGGCGUUGGUUGGAUCAGCCCAUUGUCGGAGUGGUGUGGUCGGCCUCCCUGACGGAGUUGGACCUCGGGUACGCGUUUAACCAACCGAUUGCCGCAGAGGUGCCGGCAACGUCCACGCAACACCUGUCAUUUGGAGAACACUUCAACGAGCCCAUUCAACCUGUGGUGUGGCCGGCCUCCGUGCGGAUGAUGGACUUUGGGCGCACGUUCAAUAGACGCAUUGCCAGAGUAGUGUGGCCUGCCUCUCUGCAGCAGCUUUCUUUCGGGUAUUCAUUCAAUCAGUCCAUUGUUGGGGUGGUGUGGCCAGCCACCCUGCAAAAGCCUUCGUUCGGAUAUUGCUUCAAUGAGCCCAUUGUCGGAGUGGUGUGGCCAAUGUCUCUUCGCCAGCUUUCGUUCGGAUAUUGCUUUAGUAAGCCUGUUGCCGGAGUGAUGUGGCCAGCGUCUCUGCAACAGAUUUCGUUCGGAGAUCGCUUCAAUCAGCCCAUUGUCAGUGUGGUCUGGCCUUCCUCGCCGCUGAAGUUGAACCUCGGCCGCGAAUUCAACCAACAUGUUGCCGGAGUCGUGUGGCCAGCGUCUCCACAACAACUCAAGUUUGGGAGCGUUUCAAACACCAGAUCGCCGGAGUAG